CUCUUUUAAAAUAAACUGCUUUUUCACUCCUUCAAUAAUUCAAUUACUAAAUAUUUACGAUUAUGGAUUUUGGAUCUUAUCCGAUGAUUAGCUCAAGCUUUACCUUGUCUGUUCACAUCUGAUUUGAUUGUGAAUGGUCAAAUCAGUGAGCCAGGUAAGAAGGAGCUAAGAGUCAAUGGUAAUUACUAGUAGUUGUUUGCUGGUAGUUGUGACCAGAAUUAAUGGAUGGCGACACUUUACUUGGAAAAGACUGAAAUUUCUCUGAAUUCUGGUUUUUGAUCCUUGAGCUCAAGUCAAAGAGGGAAGUUCUCAAGGAAGUGAGAAAGGGAAUAAAUAAGUAGAACCUGAGCUGCUUUUCAUUUUAAACACUCCUACAGGUUGGUGUCUUUCAUCAGCUUUUCAUUGCACCAACACAUUGAGGAGAAGUUGCAGAAAGUGAGAGUUCAGGUCUUCCAAUGGCAGCAUACGUUCCUCCUCACAAGAGGUACUCUAAGGAUGGUGAUGAUAAUAAUAAUAGGCCACUUCCAACUCAGUUCCAGAUCAAUGUGGGGGAAUCUUCUACUUCGAAAGAUCGUGCUCGGAAGCGUGGAUUUGUCCUGAACAUGCCAAAUGCUGUUUUUAUGUCGUUCAUGGAAUCUGAUGAUGAUGACAUCCCUGCAAAUUCAAUUCGGUUGGUGCUUGUUGAUGGAUACACCUGCCUCAGGUCAACAUCCUUUAGCCGCAGAGGUUUCGCAAAGAAUACUCCAUGGGUGUCUAUUACUAAGAGAAUACAGUCAGAGCUACUAGCUUCGUUUGCAAAUGUGAGAAGUGCAAUGGAUUUGGGAGAAGCAGGAUCAGCAAUAAAGCCAACUUUUGUAGCUAGAAUUGGUCAAAUUCACCUGCUUGACCCUCCAGACAACAUGCUCAUCAGCAGCAGCAAGUUGGAGGCUGAAACUGCUGCAGCUCAUGUCAAAAAACAAUUCUGUACAAACCUUCCUGAUUCAUAUAUGGAGGCCAUUCUUGGUGGAGUUGCUCCGAAGAUUGUAGCUGAUUUGCACCAUUCGAAGGAGUACUACCAAGUGCUUGUUUCUGACAAGCGAGAUCCAAAAUCAGCUAUCAUUAUCAAAUGCCAAAUAAUAUGCGGAGAGCUUAAGAUACAGAAGAUCGAGAAGAACCCAAAGAGAUGCUUUGUAGCCAAUGUUGUGUGCCUCGACAGGGAUCUUGACCUGAGGUUGAGGCUAGCUAUCAAGAGGGACUUGACGAUGGCACUCAAGGAUGACUCUAAAGAGCUAAAAAGCCUGAAACAUUUUGUUGAUUCUGCAAUCUUGGAUGGAAGUGUAAAAGGUGGCUUGAGAUGGCCUUUGGGAAAGGAGCACUCCUCCGAUGGUAGAUACUCCGUCAUAAAGACGUUCCGCUGUACUGUUAAAACUUUCAAGAAUUCAUCCUUGAAGUUGAGGCUUAUGAACGCAGACGGAUUUAAUUUAUGCACUUCCAAUGGAAAAGUCGAAAAUGAACUGGUUUUAGAUAUGAAAGAAAUAAACGAGAUGUUAAUUGACAGGAUGCUUGACAUGGAACCUGCCAUUGAAAGACUUCAAGAGGCUCUGAAAUUGGUAUGGAAUCACUUGUUGAUCUUUGAACUGUGAUUGUUAGUGUGCUCCUUUAUAUGUUGCGCAAAAGCUUUUUAGCAGUAUGUAACUUUUCUGUUUAGCGUUAUCAACUUAUUGAAGUGCUGUUCAGAUGGCAAAAGCAUAUGAAAAUUUUUCUACAAAAACAUAAAGUUAAUGUACAGAUACUUUGGUAUCGAUGUGAAUGGCGAGGCGACUAACUGAUAAAUUGCAAACAU